GUCAUGAAUAUCGAAAUUAAAUGCAUUCACCAACCUAUCGAUCCAACACUUCCUUUUAUUUAAUGUCACACAUUAAAAUCAUCACCACUUGUUAUAACCACAUUUUUCCUCAGGAACCACAAAAAGAGACAAAUAAAAUUGAGAAGAUCAAAAUGGAGAAGAGUAACGAUCAUGACAAGGCUAACCACGAAGAUUCCGGUGGCGGUGCGACGGAUAAGUGGGAGGAGGUUGGUCCCGGAAUGCGAACCGCCGAAACAAUGCUCCGGUUAGCUCCAGUGGGGCUUUGUGUUGCGGCGCUUGUUGUCAUGCUUAAGGACUCCGAAGACAAUGAGUUCGGUUCUAUAUCUUACUCCAAUCUCACAGCGUUUAGGGCCCCAAAAUGCUAGGCGCAGACACGUACUAGUCAAGCUACAUUUGUUGUUAUCGAAGUUAGCAUAGAUAUAGCCAUAUAAGGUACUUGGUGCAUGCAAAUGGAAUAUGUGCAGGCUACUCUCUUCUAUCAGCAGCCAUAGCAGCGAUGCCUCGUUCUUCUUCAACCAUGCCUCGUGUUUGGACCUUCUUCUGUCUCGAUCAGCUUCUGACCUAUCUGGUUCUUGCUGCUGGAGCUGUGUCCGCGGAAGUUCUAUACUUAGCUUACAAUGGGGAUGCAGCCAUUACUUGGAGCGAUGCAUGUAGCUCCUAUGGCAGUUUCUGCCAUAAAGCCACUGCUUCUGUUAUAAUCACAUUCUUCGUGGUUUGCUUCUACGUUGUUCUCUCUCUAAUCUCCUCUUAUAAGCUCUUUACUCGCUUUGACCCUCCUUCCAUUGUUGACUCCGACAAGAACAUCGAAGUCGCUGUCUUCGGAAGUUGAUCCUUCAUUUGCUUUUCAAAUACAUCUAAUUAGUCAAAGUUUCAGAAGUUGUCAUUUUAACUUGGGUCAAGAGAAAGAAUGCUUUUGUGUUUGGACUAUCUUUUCUAUUGUGCUUGUAUUAAAUGUUACGACUGGUUGUAAUGUUAUAUAAAAGGUAUGAAGCAUAUAAGAAUCACACAAAAUUACUGGA